AUGGCCGACGACGACCUCGCCCGCCGCCUGCGCGUGCUGAAGGGCUCGCCCGUGGAGCUUCCGACCGACGAGGCUCUGGCGGCGCGGCUUCAAGCCAUGAAGGGCACCGCUGCGCCCGUCUCCGACGAGGCUCUCGCCGCGAGGCUCCAGAGUCUCGGAGGCGCGGACCUGUCCACGCUGGGACCAAAGCCCGGUGCGGUGCGACCCGACGCAAAGGACGGCGUGGACGGCGAUGUGAGGCGCGGGUCCGACCGCAAGCUCGGCGGCGUGAUGGACGCCUUUCUCAGCGGCGGCACGGGAGAGGCGGGCGGCGCCGAUGUCGACGAGGUGGAGCUGCUGCUGCAGAUGAAUGCGGACCGAGCGCGGCUGCAAGGCAAAGCCGGCUCGGACGCGUCGGCGCUGCCGCAGGCCGGCGCCAGCGACGAAGUCGAGCGACUGCUGCAGAUGAGUCGGGACGCGGUGGCCGAGGCGGAGAGACUGCUCGAGGAGCUCAUGGCGGCCGGGCAGGCGCGUCCUCUGCGCCGGUCCUUUGGCCCGCUCCUCCUGCUACGGCUCACAGCGCCCGUCUUUCGCAGGUGCGUCAUCUGCAACGACGACGCGGUCCUGUGGUGCAACGAUUGCGACGGCGACGCGUACUGCCGCCGAUGCUUCCGGGAGGGCCACAGGGACGAGGACAUGCGCGCGCACAAGACGGUGCCGAUCCGGCGGUGA